UGUUUAUCACGUUUGGGCAACUUACCACACGAUAUUAUUAUUCGGACCACGCUAAUCGUUUAUUGUGUUUAAUUUUAAUUGAAAUUAAGGUCCGUGGAAAUUAAAUUAUAGUCGCGAAAUUUUUUGUACGGAUAACUCGUCGUAUAGUAUUAUAGAAAGACGACAAAAAAAAUUAAUCGAUUUUAAUAAACGGCAAUUCAAAUUUAUUAUUUUAACAUCAUUAUUUACUUUGUACGUCAAUAAUUGCAUCAUUAAAAAAAAGUUACAGGCUGCCGAUAAAGUGAAAGAAAAAGAAACAAAGAGAAAAAAAUAAAAGUCGAAACCGCGCCAAUAACGUUCCAUUUUUAAAAAGUUAUUCGAAUUUAAAAUGCUCGUUUCGUGUUUGAAGUUAAACGGGGUUCGUCCCUUAUAUUCUGUGAUAAGAAAGAGUUCUCAAAAGGUGGAAGAUAUAUUAUGUUUAUAUGGCGAAGAAACAUAUGAUUUCAAGGAUAGAUACCGGGUUUUGGAUGAAAAGGAUUACGCUAGAUUUAUAAGCAAGCGGGCAAUGAAACGAGAACCGGCAAUCACUCGAUCUAUGACAUCCUUAGCCUACAAGAUCGGCAAGCAAAUGAUCUCCCUAGCAGAGGGAAUGCCAAAUGAACAAAUCUUCCCCUUCGACCGACUGGAGAUCAGCACCAAAAGUGGGGGUAAGAUCCUCAUGGAGGGGGAUGAGCUUGCCAUGGCUCUGCAGUAUUUACCGUCUCAAGGGUUCCCUCCCCUCCUCACGCUCCUCCGGGAGUUCCAACAGGAUGUCCACCGCCCUCCCCCCCUGGACCGCGACAUCCUCAUCACCAACGGGAGCCAGCACGGCAUCUACCAGUGUGUGGAACUGCUCGUGGACCCUGGGGACCCGGUUAUCACUACCGAGUUUACUUUUACCGGGGUUAAUAGCGCGCUCCGUCCCUACGACCCAGAAAUCCUCGCGAUCCCCGAAGACGAGGAUGGUUUAAUCCCCUCUGUACUAGAGGAUUGUCUCUUCCACCGCUCUAAACUUGGGCUAAAAAUGCCCAAACUCUUAUACACAAUUCCAACAGGAAAUAAUCCUACGGGAACAGUUCUACCGGCACACAGGCGAAGACAGAUUUACGAACUAGCUUGUAAAUACGACUUCUUGAUUGUGGAAGACGAUCCGUACGCGUUUUUGAAUUAUUCUGAUUCGCGCCCCCCGUCCUUCCUAUCACUGGACCAGUGCGGGCGCGUGCUGCGCCUGGACUCUAUGUCGAAAGUGGUGUGCGCGGGGCUGCGCGGCGCGUGGGCCACGCUGCCCGCGCCGCUGCUGCGCCGCGCCGAGCUGCACACGCAGGCCGAGCUGCUGCACCCCUGCACGCUCGCGCAGGUGAUCCUGUACCGGUUGCUCCGCUCCCGCAGCGAGUUCGCGUCCCACGUAUCGUCAGCCCGCGCGCUGUAUCGCUUGCGGCGCGACGCACUGGGCGGCGCGCUGGCGGGCGCGGGGGGGCUGGGGCAGCGCGCGCACUGGGACACGCCGCGCGCCGGUUUGUUCUACUGGCUGGCCCUGCGCGGCGUGCGCGACGUGCACCGCCUGGCGUUCGAAACAGCAAUAUCCCACGGGCUCAUGGUAUGUCCCGGGCAAGCGUUCUCCUACGACACACAAGCUCCCUCUCCAUACGUACGACUUACCUUCACUAGAGCUCCACUCGCUGACUUACAAGUCGCGGCUUCGAGAUUACGCGACUUGCUUGUUCUUGAACAGGGAGAAGAAAGAUUGCGGGCUACUGAGGGAUAAGAGAAGGUCGAAAAAUUAAAUAAAAAAAACAUUAUAUUGUGUAAAUCCUUUAUUAUAAAAGGAAAACUCAGAAUAAUCAAUUUUGAUUAUGUACAAUACAAUUUAUUUUAAACAUAAUAUCUAGAUAACAUUUGAAUACACAGUAAAAACAUAAUUUCCCAUAAUAUCAGCUAAUUGCACAAAGCGCUAACUGUGCAUAUCACGUAAAAUGGUAUUUAUAAACAAGUCAAAUUGCACAUUUCCAUUUUUGUAUUUAUUCG